CUUGAAAAAUGGAAGAAAGCAGUGAAAGGGAUCUGCCACAAAAUUGGUUCAGAAGCUAUUCAUCAACCAACUUACGACAUCCAUCACCAUCAGCUUUCUUUUUUAUGUUAAUCUUCAUGUUCAUUGCAGUUCCAUCUUUUCUUUCUUUCAGCUCUCAAUUAAUAAAACCCAUUUGGUAUUAGUCUUCCUUGCUGUUCUUGGUGUACUUCUUUGUAGAACCAUGGCAGUUGGCAACAGGGAGGUUGAGAAGGAGCAGCACCAUCAUUAUAAUCAACAACGUCGACCCUUGUCGAAUUUCUUAUUGAACUAUGGGUUUUAUAUCAUGAUCAUACUCAUUACAGCACUAGUACUGAUAUUCAUUGUAAUUCCAUUUCUGUCUUUCUUUUCUCAAAAUCUCAAGCCUAGUGUUGUUCAGAAAAAUUGGAGUAGUCUUAUUCUUGUUCUAGUUUUCUCGGCUAUUUUGUGUGGACUUCUUAGUUUAAGUACCACGGAGGCUGAUGAGGGGGAGGAGAAGAAGGCCGAUGUGAAGGAGGAGGUUGGGGCAGACUCCGCAGAGAAGAAGGAAAACAGUGAGAAUCACCGACAGAAGAAUAAAAAGGAUAUCCAUCAUCAUUAUCAUUUCCAUCAACAUCAACAUCCUCAUCAUCAUCACCAUUAUCAUCAUCUUCGACGCCUCCGUCGUCGUCUUCGUAAUAGGACUACAGAUCAACAACAGUUGGCCACUGAUGCGAAUCAAAAACAGGUGCCAACUGAUACAUAUCAACAGUUAGAUACAUAUCAACAGUUAGAUACAGAUACACUACCUAUCCAGCAGCAACAGGUGCCUACUGAUGAACGAUGGUCGCCUACUGAUGGAGAUCGACAACAGGUGCCAACUGAUACAUAUCAACAGUUAGAUACUGAUACAGUACCUAUCCAUCAGAAACAGGUGCCUACUGAUCAACGGUGGUUGCCUACUGACAUAGAUGAACAGGUGCCUACUACUAUUGUGCCAGAUGGAAAUAAAAUGAUGAGAAGGAAUAGUCGUUCAUAUUCGGAUCUAAGCAAACAAGAAUCGUAUCAGAAACUCGACCAUGAAUUCCCAAGAUACUAUGAUGAUAUUAAUGUAGGUAGGUAUCUGUACAGUUAUCAACCCGAAGGUCCUCAACCAUCAGCACCGCCGGUAUUUAAGAAGGAAGAAUUUGAAGAUUUCACUAGGGAUCAACAACAGGUGCCUCCUCCUAAAUUUGUGCCUAAUGGAAAUAGAAUGAUGAUGAGAAGGAAUAGCCGUUCAUAUUCUGAUCUCAAUAGACAAGAAUCACAUCAGAAACUCAACUAUGAAAGCACAAGAUACUGUGAUGAUAUUAAUGUAGGCAGACAGUGUUCAAUUGGUGAACCUCAUUCUCGGGUGGAUCCACCACCGCCAUCACAGCCACCUCCACCACCGCCUGUAACACUUUAUGAAAAGUUUAAAAUAAGGUGGAAAAAGAUGCGUUCUGGGCCAACCCCACCACCACCAUACUCUUGGGCAUCAACUUCAUCAGGUCCUCCUCAAUUAUCUAGCAAGAGUCCGGAGAUCAAGAAAAUCUUGGAUCACAAAGAUUCUGAUGCUUGGAUCCCUUCUAUCUAUACUGAGUUAAAAAUCAAUUUUAGUGCCGCAUGGAUCACUCCGGAAAAAGUUACUGGAAUUGGCUUAAUUCUAAGAGACUCUACAGGUUUAUGUAGGGGAGCAAGGGGAAGAAAAUGCUUUUCAGUGUCGAGUGAAGAAGCCUCGGCAAGAGCAGCUUUGGAGGCUGUCACAUGGGCAAAACAAUUCCCACUGUAUGGAGUUACUUUUGAAGGAGACACAAAGUGUAUCAUGGACUAUCUACAAAAUAAGACGACAAAUGUUCAAGAAACCACUGCCUCACUACUUAAAGAAGCUCUACAAGUUAGUAAUUGUAUGUCAGGAACAUACAACUGGUUUCAAUACGUUUCAAGGAAUGCAAACAAAGUAGCAAACGAAACGGCAAUACUAGUACGAAUAUCAGAAACUUCUUUUGAUGGAGAGGUGAAUCUACCGUCUUAUAUAUCUUCUAAGUUAGCAAAUGAACGUGUAAUUGAAACUGUAACAAGAGGGGCAUUUUGUGUGCACAGCAGCAGCAGCUCAUCCAUCAGACAUCGAUUCUCAAUGAAAAUCUUUAAGAAGAAAUCUUGGGUUUUGAUUAUAGGUUUGCUAAUAACAGCAUUAACAGUAGUACUCUUUGUUAUAUAUCCAUCUUUUCUUUCUUCCUUGUCCGAAUUCUUCAUUAAUAUUUUGGAUUCGGAUAUUCUCAACUUAGUUUUAGUUUCCAUCGCGAUACUACUUGGAGUACUUCUCAAUAGAAACACCACAGUUGAGAGCGGUUCCUGGACUGUUGGUGGUGGGAGGGAUCAUAGUUUAACAAAUUUGCACUCGCAACAUCACCACCACCAUCAUCAUUACUAUCAUCUCGGUCGUCGCCACCAUCAUCCUCGCCAUCGUAGGCCUGUGGAUCCAAAACGACCUGGUAUGGCCCAUAAAAAUCAAAAUAUGGAUGAAUUGAGUAGUUUAUCAUCUUCUGCUGCUGAUGCUGCUACUAGUACUGCUGCUAUGGCUGAGGCAAGUGGAAAGGGAUUACUAAGAAGGAAUAGUAAUUCAUUCCCUGAUCUGAGACAAGAACCGUUCUGGAAACCCGACCCUGAAAGGAGGCGAUACUAUGAUGAUAACGAUGUCAAUACAUAUCAAUAUGGUGAACCAAGUUAUCCACAUCAUCCUCAGCCAUCAGCUCCACCAGUACCUGAAUCUUACGACACCCAGUAUACAAGUAAUCCAAAAACCAUACCGCCCAUAGCACGUCAACAAGAGAUUUCAUCUUCAGAACCAUCACGAGUACCCCAACAACCAACAAAAUCCCCAACUCCAAAAACACCAUCACCACCACCACCUGCAGCAGAGCGGAGAAGAAAAGAAAGGGAGGAGAAAAGAACAAUUAGACUGAGAAAGCGUACAGAGAAGUCAGCUGAUGAAGAAACGAAUGAUUUGAAAUUCAAGAAACAUCAAUUUCAGUCCUUAAUACCACCACCCCUACAGCCAACAGAAUCAGAGCAACUGUUCCCCAAAACACCGUCAACAUCACCACCAUCCAUACAACCAACUGAAUCUCCAGAACUGUUGCCCAAGAUACCGCCAAUACCCCCACCACUACAACCCACUGAGUUACCACAACCGUUGCCGAAAAUACCAGCAAUACCACCGCCCACACAACCAACUGAAUCACCACAACCGCUGCCCAAUAUACCACCAACAGCCCCCAUGACAGAUAGAAGACAAGAGCAGGAAGACAAGCAAGCAAUCCAAUUGAUAGGUAAAGAGCAUCCAGAUCAAAAGUCAGUUGGUGCAGACAAAGACAUGGAACUUGAGAAAGGAAAUUUUGGUGAUUUCUUGUUUCGUCAUUUCUUUGGUGAACCUUUGUCUUCUGUGGGUCAAUCACCAACUCCACCUCCGCCUCCAACUUCACCAACAUCUCCUUAUGAAAACUUCAUCAAUUUUUUAAACAAAUAUUAACAUUUAACAUAUGCACCUAGGCCACCAUC